CCUUGGAGUACAGCAGCCUUGCAGAAGGUUACGCAUCAGCCAUACAUCCUGCGCCAUGCCGACAUUGAUAGACUGAACAACCAAGCGAGAAGCUGACAAGAUGAUCUGGCCACUGGUCCUCUUCCUGCUGACUUUAGGCACUGGGGCGGAAAGACACUCAGGUUCCGGACAUGCGCAGUGGAGCAGUGAUAAUGAAGCACCGUCUGCACCCCUUAUCCUCACGCUCCGCCGGAGCUCACGGGAACACGAGGAACACCCUUCACGCGCCCACGAGGCCCUUGAAGCACCGACGGUGUGGAAAACACACACUCGACUUUCUGACGACACCAGCCUCCUGAAGAUAGCAGGAGUCGAUGACCGCUGGUCAAGGCUUUUGGAUCUCGGCCAGCCGAGUUUGGGGGCCGAUGACGAUGGCAACGACAGAGAUGAUGGUGAUGAUGAUGGCUACUAUGUUGAUGAUGAUGAUAUUGUCGAUUCUGUCAGAAGUAUAGAUGAUGAUGAUGAUGAUGAUGAUGAUGGUGGAGACGACAGAGAUGAUGGUGAUGCGGAGGAGAGCGAAGCAGCGGAACCACUAUCCGGAUAA